CGACCCCGAGGAACUCCACGACGAAGAUGGUCCGCCGCUCGACGAUCGUCGCGCUGAGCGACGAGGAGCUCGUCACGUCCAUCUACGAGGACUACAGCAUGAACACGCCCUUCGAGAAGUGCGUGGGGUGCCUGAGCGAGCUCCUCGAGAGCUGGGGCCUCGGGACGACGCCCCAGAGCGCCGCGGGCGGGAAGAAGACCGUGGGCUUCGGCGCGUCGGCGGAGACCUACGCCGCCGACGGCCCGCGCGCCGUGCGCGCGACGGAGGUCUCGCUCGACGGGCGGCCCUACCGCGUCGCGCACUUCUCGGACUCGGCCGCGCCGCCGUGGCCGCUGCCGCUGGACGCGGCCGAGGCGUCGAGCGAGGACGACUUCGGCCCCGGCACGGACUGGACCUGCUUCCUCGAGCCCGGCCGCGACGGCGAGGCGCGGCGCGCGCUCCGCGCGCUCUUCGGCGUCCGCGAGGCCGUCGUCGUAUCCGCGCGCGGGUCGGCCGCGGCGCCCGCGGACCUCGGCGCGCCCGCGGCGUCCCUGGCGCUGGCGGCGCGCGAGCUCGUCGCGCCCGUCAAGGGCGGGCCCCUCGAGGCCGCGGCCGUCGCGGCGGCCGACGAGCUCACGGGCAAGGGCGACGCGGACGACGCCGCGGGCGAGGCGCGGUGCCGCACGGUGCUCGCCGCGGGCGCGCUCGCGUGCGCCGAGGCGGGCGUGCGCCUGCCCGUGGUCGUCGCCGAGCGCGGCGGCCGCGGGGCCGUGCUCCUGCGGGGCGCGUCCGCCGCGUUCCCCGCCGCCGCGGACCUCGACGUCGCCGUCGAGCCCGCGGGCGGCGGCGUCUUCGCGCCGGGCGUCGUCGCGCGCCUCGCCGCGCGGACGGGCGGCGGCGCGGCGGGCGCGACCGUCGCCGCGCGCUACGGCUGGGUCGCGGACCGCCGCGAGCUGCCCAUCUGGGGCGGCAGCGUCGCGCGCGUCGCGUGGCGGAGGCCCGAGACCGACGACGACGCGGCGGCCGCGCGGCUCCUCGGGGGCGAGCUCGGCCAGCGGCGCAGCGGCUACCGGCGGGGCGAGCCUCUGUGGGGGCCCAAGUCGUCGCCCGUCGCGCGCGUGUCGCUCGGCGCGGAGUGGCCGCCGCGGCGCGCGGGCGACGUCCUGGACGAUCCCCGCGCGGCGCUGAGCUCGUUCCGGGCUUUGGACGCGCCGGCCUGGCGCUGCGCCGCGACCUUCGAGGCGGACGCGGACGACGGCGACGACGCGGCGGCGCCGCUCGGCGAUGCGAUCGCGCGGCUCGCGGCGCUCUACGCGCUCGCGGCGGCGGCGCCGCCCGAGAGCCGCUUCGACGGCGGCCUCGCGGCGCGGGCCGACGUGCGCCUCGACGACCUGGAGCUGCGGGCCGACGUCCGCGCGCGCGCGCGGGACCUCGCGCUCCGGGCGGGCACGCUCGCGCCCGCGCGGCUCGAGGCGCUCCUGAGCGAGCUCUUCGACGCGCCGCGGCCGGCCAUGGACGACGGCGACGACGACGACGAGGACGGCGGCGACGGCGCGCCCUACCGCGUCGGCGCCCGGGACGCGGCGGCCGCGGCGACGACCUGCGGCGCGGGCGAUCUGGCGGCGCUGCUGGCGCUGCGCCUCGCGGGGAUGACGAGCUUCGAGGCCAUGGCCGCGGUGUGGUCCGGCGCGCUGGCGCGGCUGCGGGACCACUGGGACCGCGGCGCGCCGCUGCACCUGCGGCCGACGAGCGGCGGCGGCGAAAACCGCGAGGCGCGCGCCGCGGCCGUCUUCGUCGGCGGCGCGCGCCUCGACGGCGCGGCGGACCUCGGCGCGCCGGCGUUCGGGAAGGCGAGCCUCGAGGUCGCGCACCUCGUCCGCUCGGGCCGCGGCGACGACGCCGCGAAGCGCGCGAGGCAGCGCGACCUCGCGCGGCUCGCGUCCGACGCCGCGGCGUUCAAGGACGCGAACCCGGGCUGCGCCUUCGCCGACUUUUGGGGCUGGGCGAGCCCCGGGAGCGUCGACGCCGGCGGCGCGGGCGACGCCGUCGCGCUCGAGGUCGCGCCGGCCGACGACGCGGUCGUCGCGCUCUGGUCCGCGGUCAAAGCGACGCCCGCGGCCGAGGCGGCGGCCCUCUUCGACGCCGAGGGCGAGGCGGAGACGGCGCUCCACCGGUUGGAGGUCGCGCGGCCCCGCUGGGUCGCGGGCCAGCUUUUGGCCUGCGGCGCGGCGACGGCCGUCUUCGCGCUCAAGCACGCGGCCGCGACGCUCCACGGCGCGGCGGCCCUCCCCUCCGUCGCCGCCCGGCUCGACGACGUCGACGCCCAGGCGUCGGCGCUCGCGGCCCUCGUCGCCGACGCGUCGCCGCUCGACGCGGGCGACGCCGCGGACGCGCCCGCGACGCUCCGCGCGGCGACGCGCUUCGCGGACGCGCUCGACGCCGCCGAGCGCCACCUCGCGCGCGCCGUCGCGCUGCUGGCGCUGCUGCGGCGCAGCGGCGGCGACGCCUCGGCCGCGGACGCGCGCGUCGCGGAGCGCGCGCUCGACGCCGCGGCCUUCGCCGUCGACGGCGCCGAGGACCGCGGCGCGGUCUGCCGCCUCCUCGCGGCGCUCCAGGACGACGACGACGACGACGGGGGCGGCAUCGACCUCCCGCCGCCGGCGUCGAAGGAGUACGUCCUCUGGCACGGCGGCCACGACACGCCGAGCCGCCUCUACGCCGCGGAGCGCGCGGCGCCAGACGGCGGACCCGCUGCGGCGACCUGGGCGCUCGCGGUGACGCGGGCGGACUAAGCUUCUUGUUUGC